GGACCCCGUGGUGGUGCCUGCAGCCCUGGGUCCGGUGCCCAGGGUCUGUCCAGCGGUGCUGGGCUGGUCUCUGCUGGCGUCGUGGCGUCGGGAGGAAGAGCUGGGCAGGGCUGUGCCAUCCCAGUGUGGGGAGACGAGAGCGGGCAGGCAGCUGGAGGCUGUGCCUCCGCCCUGCAGCAUCUCCAGUGGAUGGAGGAGCAGGUGUGAAGCAGGGCUUUGUUCCUCUCAGCCCAACCCUGCAGCCCAUGUAUCAAGAUAGAGCAUGGGAAGAUUUGCUGCCUCUCUUACAAGAUUCGCCAGCCCAUUAAUCAGGACGGGCCGGAGCAGUGCCACUGUCGCAGGCCCUCGCUCUCUGGGAGGGAUGUGCAGGGCCUGGGCUGCGGGCAGGAGCUGACGGCGCUGGCAAGGUGCAGGGCAGCGAAGCACCACCGGGCUCUGGACACCAGCACACACAGCACAGCAGCAGGUUCGUGGACCUGAAGGACACCAGGCUGAUGUGAGUCGGAGCCUCAGUGCCAGCCGUGAAUCCCAGACGUUUGGAGAAAGACUUGAUGCGUGUGGGGGCAAGGGCAGCCUGAGCGCGGGGGGAUCGGCACUGCAGUUCGGUGGUGCCGGUGGCCAGGCAGUGGGGAAGCUGCCUGUGUCCCUUCCACGGCUCCUGGGUCUCGUUCAGCUGAUGGGACAUCUGCUCCCAGCUGCACUGAGCAUCCAGCUCAUCUGGCGAGCCCAUCACUGGAGUCCUCAUGUCAUCUAUUGCAUUACAGUGGCGUCAUCUGGUUUUAUCUAUAAAUCAUCGCGUAUGACUUGCUGCUUGUAAUUCCCAUGUGAACAAGAGGAGAAAAACACUCAGACCUCAAGCGAUUGCCAAGAUGGAGGAUCCACCACCACCUAAAUUCUUUCCAAAUUGCUCUCACACUGGAUGACCUCACCUUUCAAGGAAGUCAUUCACCAUCUGAACGUGCUGACCACCAAUUUCCAGGCACUGUUAUGUUGCACUUUACCUGCACGGCUGCAGGGGAGUGCCAUUCCCCACGGCACAGACCCCUCUUUGCAGUGCCUGUUCCCUGCCUCUUGCAUGGCACUUUUGCCGUUCUCAUUCCUUAUCCUUCUCUCAGUCUUUGUAUCAUCUGCACAUUUUAUGGGUGCUGACUCUUCUUCUUUGAGGUCACUAAUAGCCAGUGUUAGCGUGGGGCCCCGGCCGCCCCUCCACAGGACCUGAGCAGAAGCACGGCUAAUUGGUGAUGAUCGCUGGAUGAUUAUGUCUUGAGACAUGCUGGUUAGCCAGUUUUUAAUCCAUUUAAUGUGUGCCACAUUGCUUUCGUAUCAUUCUGCUUUCUUCGUCAAAAUGUCAAAUGCCUUACAGAAAUCCAAGUCUGUUCCAUCGAGGCUUUUACCUUCGUCGACCAAACUGGGAAUCUCAUCAAAACAGACAGAAAAUUAGUUUGAUGAACCGUGUUUCCUAUAACCCCGUGCUGACUGGCACGACUGGUACAUGCUGCCAUCCUUCAUCUGUCAUUAAUCAAGCUCUGCAUCUGUUCCCACCGCUGCCCGCAGAGGCACCAGGCUGGUGGGUCCCCGUGCCAGCCCCCCCCGGUGCCUCUGCGCCCAGGGCUCUGCGGGUCUGAUGUGCUGCCUGCGCCGGGCUCUCCUGUGGCCUUGGCCACACUAACGCAUCCAGAGCUGCAAGAGGGGAAGGUCCUGUAGCACCGUGGCGUCCCCACCUCCACACCUGCAGGAGUGCUGCGUGCCAGGGUGCCCACAGCUCUGGUGGGUUCCUCACCUCCGGGAGCAUGGCUGCCCUGCCCUGCCCUGCCUCCUCCACGGGUGCGCAUGGGGAGCUCCUCGGGGCCAGCAGCAGGACGGGCAGAGCCAGCCUGCCCUCCUUGGUGCAGCUCCACUGGCAAAGCUGGGAGAGGAACACUCUGAAUCCCUGGUGCCUGCUUGCUCCCUGCCCUGCACACAUGGGCAAAAGCAAAGCGUGGGGAGCCCUCCUGCCCCUGCGUCAGCUGCGAGGGGUGCACAGAGCUGCUCGUGUUUGCUGGGUGUGAGGCUGGGGUGCUGGCGUGCGCAGCCCUUACACGCGCUCGAGCAGGGACUGCUGGAGAGCUGCUGGCACAGGGCACCUGAGGACAGCCUCAGCCACCACGCAGGAGCGAGGACAGCUCCCAUCCUUCAGCUGUCCCCUCCCCUGUCUGCCUGUAUCCCCAGUCCUGGUCAUCCCCCUCCAGAGGGGAGCUGCUGCAGUCCUGGGCUGACAGCAGCUUGGCCCUAAAGGGGCUGACUCAGUUUCGGGACCCCAGAAGGGCUCCAGCUUUGUAGCACCACGUUACUCAGCACGGCAAGACCAAGCAAAGCAAUCUGUGCCUUGUUUUGGGGAGGGUGGCACCAGCAGGGAACGCUUCUGCUCCUGUGCCUUCCGUCCGGCAGCUCAGGUCCUGCACAAGGUGCCCAGGGGCAGGGAGCUGUGGGCACAGGAAGAUUUGUGGGCUGCGGUGCCCCGCUGGGAGAGCAGCGCUUGUGCGGGCGCCUGGGUGAGCAUGCAGGCUCGUUGGCAUACACCGUCCCGAGUGCCAUCUCCCACUAAACAAGCUUGAAGAUAGCAGCUGGAAAGCCCUGGUGCGGCUGAGUGCCGCGUGCCUGUGCUUCCUGCACAGCCCCUUCCCCAUGGCCCUUUCUGUGCAUUCAAAAUGUCCCUGGAGCCGUGCUUCCAGCUGGAUCUAUUGGCAGAGCUGUUUCCUUCAGCUUCGGCUCCGGUACGGGGGGGGUACAUGAGGUACAGCAGCCGCUCGGUUCCACGGUCCUGAUUCAGUCCCACAGCAGGACUCAUUAGCACCAGAAGAUGCAGGCAUGCUGGAAACAGUGCCUGAGCACAGCACUAAAUCUGACCGUGCUGUAAUGCAUAUGCAGAAGGACGAGUGGGAGGGUCCUAGCUUUUGGUGUUUGACACCCUUAGAACUGUUCUCCAAAUGCAGUUAGUGCAUGUAUAAUUUAUAGACUUUUUCUUUGUCCUUGUGGCAUGUCUCUGAUCUCUCCAGCGGAGCGCGGUUCGGGAGGCAGGGGGUGCCUCAGCGGAUGCCCCACUGACUGACAGCGUCGCGUUGGCUGCGCAGGCAGUGAGGUGUCCUGGUCUCGCUCUGCCGUCGGCUGUGGCUCAGCCUGGUCCCCCGGGAGCUUGCAGGGUCCGUGUCUGCCCCCACUGCCUGGACUGUGCCUGGAGCGCUCCUGCCCCAUGCUUGGCUGUUGGAGUGGCUCCUGGCACCCCUGCCCCGUGCCCAUUAGCAUCCUCAUUAAGAAAGUCUCCGGAGCAGGGUGGCCACACAAGCUGUCCUCUGGGAGCGCUCAGCCAGGCUGCACUGGUGCUGACCCACAUGCAGGGGCACGGUCCAGCACAGAAACGUGCCAGCCCAUCCAUCCCCUGCCACUGAGCGUGUUUCCCGUACUGGCACAGCCGUAGCUGGGGUUGCUGGUCCCACGCUGCGGGGCUGGACUGGGUCCUGUGGUCCUGCAGGCUCUGCCCUGUUCCAUGCGGGUGCCAGCACGGCCACUGCCUCAGGCAUGCACAGAGCUCGGCUCUCCAGUGAGCUCCCUCCCCUCCUCAGCCUGUUGCUGUCCAUACUAACGAGAUGCCCCAUCCGCCGGCCAUGCCUUCGCCGCGUCCUGCCUCACAAACACCUCCCGGUGUCUGGGCACAGCUCCAAGACUGGGGAAGGGAAGCGCCGUGUGGCUGGCUGCUGGCGCGUGGAGCAGCAUCCCGACAAGUGCUGGACGAGGGGCGCAGAGGUGUGAGCCGUGGGUCCCCCGCACUGGCCGGGCCAGGCCCUGGCUGAGCCUGCUGCUGCUGGGCUCGCUGUGGUCCUGGGGAGGCGCGGGAAAUCUGGCCCAGCUGGGAAGUUUGCUCGUUCCCAGUGCAUGGGGACUCCAGGCUGCUGUGCUGAGUCAGCUGCUUCGGUGCAGUGAGAGCAAGGCAAGGCGGCGAGCAGGGCCAGGGGGGGGCUGCAGGGAGGGUGAGAGGGCUGUGGGGGGAGCAGAGCUCCCAGCUCAGUGUGCUGCAGCAGUACGGGGCUGGGGGCUCCCUGGGCUGCAUGGCGGGGUGGGCACCACCGGUGCCAGCUGCGGGAUGCAGGGCACGGCAUGGUGCCAGGGGCACCCAUAGCACUGUGCUCCUUGCCCGUGCCCAGGCACCUGUGGGUGUCUGCAGACCUCAAGUGCAGGACAGCAAGCCAUGAAUCUGAGCAGCGUCACUCCCUGCCGGGGCUGGUGACUCCUGCUCUGCCCUCCAGUGCCUCCUUCUCACAAUGCUGCUUCCCAAAACGAGCCACAAAUCCUCUGUGCCCAGGGGAGCAGGGGCUCCUGAGCAGGGCUCAGAGGUACGUGCCAUGUACCUGAGCAGUGCGAGGGGCCAGAAAGGGUGGCCAGUGACCACGGUGGGCGCAAGAGAUCCAGCUGUGUGUGGGGGCCUGGUGUUGGUUGGGGUCAGGGCUGGGGAAGGGGUUUGCUCUGCCUGUGCGGGGAGGAGGCGCUGUGUGCAGCUGUGCGACAGCGGGGCUGGGGGUUCCUCCCUGCGUGGGAGCCCUGCUCGCAGCCAGGGCAGCCUGCCCCAGCGAUGCCCGUCUCAGAGAGGAGCCCAGCACUGGAAGCUGCCAUCCCAGAUGCAAUACCUCUUCUUCCUUGAGGCUGGUUCUCACAUGCCCAAAUUGGCUAAAUGUCCCCAAGUCACAGCCUCGUCCCAUGCACUGAGCUGCUCUCCCACGCCCGCAGCCCUGCCCCAGCUCCAACAGGUGGCACGUGCGGGAUGGGACCCUGUGCCCCAUACACGACGGGUCCUGUGCCACUGCAGCCAGGUCCCACAUAGGUUGGGCACCCCACACCUUGUCCAGCCCCAUGCACAGCGGGUGCCCCCUGCCUGUCCAUCCCCACGUACAAGCCCCCUGUGCCCAGCGCAGCCUGACCUGCUCCUCUGCGCUGUUCCCGUCCCGUCCCGCUGUGCCCCUGCAGCAGGGGCUGCCUGCUCCCAGCGCCCUCUGAACACGAGGUACCAAGCCCCAGCAAGGCAGAGCUAUUUUUAACAGCUUCUUCUGCUUGAUUUGAGCUGUGAACUUGUAACGUGUUUAUGCUAAAGGGGUUUCUUUUUUUCCCUUCUCCUUUUGUGCUGAGGAGGCAGCGCCAGAGAUCAAAGCUUGUCUCUUCGCGUUUUGUGAUGGCCGCGCUGGGUGGGAGGUGUGCAGAGGCCGGCGGCUCCACGGGGCAGCCAGAGACAUCCCCGUCCCCGUCCCCAUCCACAGGAGGGAGCGGGCAGCAGGGCCGGGGCUCACCUCCUUUCUCUGUCCCCACAGGUCUGGGAGCCAGGAGCCAUGCGCAGGGACGGCUGGCACCCGGUGCCCUGGGGAGCCCACCGUGGGGGGCACUGAGCCCGGGUGGAGGCGGCGGGACCAUGGGCUGCUGGUGCCAGCGGGGAGGCACGGUGGCAGGCAGGGUCGUCAGGGUGUCCGCGUGCUGUGGGCUGUAGGGGCUGUGCAGUGGGCGGCGUGCCCAGCAGCCCCUCGCCCGCCUCCCACACGGCGUCCCCUCUCCGCGGCAGCACGGGAUGAGGCCGCCCAGUGCCCCGGACAGCUCCGGGGACGGGCGCAGCGCAGGGCUCCGAACGCCACAGCUCGGCCCCGCUGCAGCGCCCCGCCACAGGGCCUCGGCCCCGGGGCCGUGAGCCAUGGUCAGCAGGGAGCCCCUUGCUGGGCCGGCCCCCGCCAGCGAGGGCGGCCAGGAGAAAGCCAUGACGGUGCGCUCGGUGCUGCUCAACCGCGACUCGCCCGACAUCGAGAGCCGCCUCCAGCGCCGGCGCAACCGCACGCAGCAGGUCCGCUUCAAGGACCUGGUGGAGGGCAGCGCGGAGCAGGCGGGCAGCCCCCCACCAGGGCCCGCAGCCGCCCCUGGCCCCAACACCCCACGUGCCUCGCCGCCCCCCAGGGACGCCCCUGAGCCGGCGGCUCUCUGUGCCUCGCGGCGGAGCUGGCCCCAGGCCCAGCCAUGCUCGCUGACGCUGCCCAUGCCCAGGAAGGCGUGCGCGAGCGCUGCCAUCCAGACCUCCCCCAGCCUGCAGAAGCCCUUCCCAGCCUCCCAGCCCCGCAGUAAGAGUGUCUGCGACAUGGCCGGGGUAGUGGGGCUGCCCACUGCCCUGGGGAGCGCCCGCUGCCCGGGGGGCCCCUCGCCCACCCCCUCCAUCCGGGCUGUGCCCCCACACGUGCCCGGCAGCCUCCCCGCACAUGAGCGUGCCGCCGCCCUCACCCAGCGUGCUGCGGCGUGCCACGCGUCACCGCCACCGCCCAGGGAUCCCUGUCCCCCUUAUCCGGGCACAGCCGGGUGCCCUGCUGCCAGCUGUACCUCCCCAGCCAAGAGCUGCCCCCCUGAGCCCUGUGCCCGGCUCUGUGGGAACCCCAGGGGCAGCCGGAGACCCUCCCAGCGCCCGGCCUCUGUGCCCUGCGGCCAGCCCCCGCUGCCCGCUGAGGUGCAGGGGCUCGGCCGGAGCGACUCAGAGCACAGCCUGCCCCGCGGGCGCCUGCUGCCCCAGCCCUCUCCGCAUUGCCAGCAGACCCUCCCCACCGCGCACAUCCAGGGGCUCCGCCAGCCAGCUCAGGGCACCUCCCCCCGGGACCCCCCACCACCCCAGCACCAGCUCUGCAGCUCGCCAUGGGGGGGGCCCUGCUGCACCCCGCCAGCCCCCAUCCUACCAGCGCCAGGCUGGCACAGCUCAGCCGCCACACCGGAGAAGACACCAGCUGCGCUUGGCCGUCCGGACACCCGUGACGGCAUCAGCAGUCGGCUGCGGGCCGCCGAUCCCGGGCACGGCCAGGUGGGACCAGAGGGACACGGGGAGCUGCUGCCCCCGGCCCUGCAGGGCUCCGGCACCGGGACUCAGCUGGGCGGGCGGGCGCCAGAGGCCCCCCAGCACGGGCAGCCCUGCCUCACCGCCCAGCAGUCGGAGACGCUGCGCCACGUCCAGGACCUUCUGCAACUGGUGGUCGCAGCCAAGGGGCCAGCGGCAGCACCGGCGGGGGACGAGCACACCCGAACAUCUCAGGGACAGGGCCCUGCGGGGGCGCAGGGGGACCUGCAGUCCCAGCUGCAGUCGCUGGAAGGGGUGCUGGAGACCAGCCAACAAACCAUCCGAGUGCUGCUGGACGUCAUCCAGGACCUGGAGAAGAAGGAGGCCCAGCGGGACGGGCGACACUCGUACCGGACAGGGCAGGACAUUGCCAACUGCGGGACCUGCCGGGACUGCGCCUGCAUCAUCUACAGCGUGGAGCACGACUUUCGGCAGCAGGAGGGCCGCUUCCAGCGGGUGCUGAGCCACAUGGAGGGCGAGGCGGCGCAGAGCUCCCCCGCGGCAGGGCCCGUCCCGCCGGCCAGGCAGGAGCCCUCGCCGGUGAGCAGGCUGCCUGCGAAGCUGGACUCCAAGAAAUCCAGGCGCAAAUGCUUCUGGUUCCUGUAACCGGUGCUGCCGAGGGGCACGAGCGCCCCGCGCCCACGAGGACCAACCCAGCUCUGACGCCGCACAGGCUCCUUCCUCCUCUCCCUCCCUCUGACGUUAGGGUUUGGGUAGCACCAGCUUUUAUAUUUUUAACUGUUCAGUUUAAUGUAACGAAGCCCCUGUGUAAAUAAGAGGUGAGGGGAACAGCUGCUGUAUUUAAUGAGAAACCAAUAAAUUCUAGGGAGACGCUAUUUUCGUUA